GAUUGGGGGACUUGGUUAGUUACUUGGUAGAACGUCGAAUAUCACAUCAUCCCUUGACCACUGUCAACCGAACUUCUGUCAGAGUCACCAGUAAACUUGGGAUCGUCCUCGACCAAACUAGCCGCUAUGCACGCUUUCGUCAUUCGUAUUUGUUUGACCUAUUCACUAUUUACUGUGGCCUUUGCUGCAAUACCAUCGUACAUGAAGGUAUGCAAUCGAAAGGACCCGGAAAUAAAUAAAUGUGUAUUUAAUUCAAUUGAACAACUGCGAGAUAAACUGACCACAGGAAUUCCGGAAUUAAGUGUUCCAUCAAUUGAACCGCUUACAUUAAAGCAUGUGCGUCUAUUGAGAGGUCCUAAUGGCGCGAGACUUGAUAUUAAUCUCACAAACAUACAGGUAUAUGGACCUUCCACGUUUAAACUUCGAGAUCUUAAAAUCGAUCCAAACAAAGUGGCCCUUACGUUUAAAGUCGGUUUCCAAAAGCUCGAGUUUCGAGGAAAAUAUCAGAUAAACGCGCAAAUUUUAUUGCUCAGAUUGGUUGGAGAGGGAGGUCUUACUGGAACUUUUAUGGGUUACGAGAGCGAUUGCCUUUUGAAAUCUCACAAAGUCAUUAGAAAUAAUCAAACGUAUAUAGUCUUUGAAAAAAUGAAAUUUAACAUCAAGAUAAAUAAAGCCCAUAUCAAUCUUGACAAUUUAUUUAAUGGCGAUCCAGUUCUCGGACCAGCAAGCAAUGAAGUUUUGAAUGCGAAUAGUGAUUUGUUGGUGGACGAAAUAAAACCGGUGUUGGAAGAUGCCUUAUCAAAUCUGUUUACAGAAAUCGCCAACAAAAUUACUGAAGCGUUUACAUACGAUGAAUUGUUCCCGAAUGUUUAAUCUUUAUUCAUCUGUCUCGAGUCUAUUUUUAUCCGAAAAUUAUAAUUUGAUUUCUAUAUUUCCUAUUUAAAUCGGUUUUCAAUUUUUAAAUUACAAUCACGAUAAUUUCGAUAAACUUUAAUUAAU